UCAUAUAAUUUUCUUUCUUCGCAGAAUAUUGAAAUAGCCGAUGAUGGAUUUGAGUUGUGAGAAAGACUCAUUGGGUGAGGAGUUUCUAGUGACUCGUCGCGUGUUGGUGGGGAAGGAAAAAGCGGUAGCAGAAGUACGUGCGAAAAAUAAAGAAAGCAGGAAGCCGGUAGGGAAAUUCCGUCGUCGAUUUCAAAAGGAUGGUGUGAUCUAUCUCGGACAUAUUCCCGCCGAACUCGAUGAAAGUGGUCUCAAGGCAUUCUUGAAGCAAUUCGGCAAGGUCGAACGACUGCGUUUGGCCCGCUGCAAGAAGAGUGGGAAAAGUAAGGGGUACGCCUUCAUUCAGUACGAGUACAACGAAGUUGCAAAAACUGUUGCUGAGACUUUAAAUAACUAUCUGAUCCGGAAUAAGCUUUUAAAAUGUGAAAUGGUCCCUCGGACGAAAGUAGUGCCGCAAAUGUUCAUGUCCUCGGAUCCAACCAAAAAUGGAAAGCGUAUGAAAGCCGUUGGCAAGGAACACGACCGAUUUAAGCUUCCAAACGAAGUGGAGCGGAAUCAGUCAAAAGCUUGGCGGAAACUGCAGGCAAAGAAACUCGCUCUUGGCAAACUUGGGAUAGAUAUUAAAGAAAAGGACAUCUUGGAUCCGACUGAAAAGAUAACCGAAACCGAUCCUGUGGAAGGUACCGAUGGUGGAAAGUUCAAAAAGGCAAAACCGCCCAAGAAUCCUCUCGAAGCCCAAAAAAAGAAGGCGAAGGAAGAAGCCGAAGAAGCAGCGAUUCGUGCGGAGCUUGAAACUUUGACUCCACUGAAGUCACUUAUGGAACAAUUGAAAAAGUGUUCUGCUGACGGUGUGGACGACGACGACGACGACGCAGUCAUGGAUACUAAUGACGACUCUGCUAUCGACACCGAUGAAGAAGAAAUGUCAACCACCGCCGACGAAGACGACAACGAGGGUGAAUUCGAAGGCGACGAGGUUCGCGUUUUCGAAGACGACCCUGAGAUACAAUUCAAAACUCCGCCCGGGUUGAAGAAACGGAAAAUGAGGAAAUCAACGCCAGACUCAAAUAAGGCGGCGUCAAAAAAAUCACCAGAUGGAAAACCCAAGAAACUUCUAGAAUCCGGGAAGAAAUUGAAGAAGGGCACUCCUAAAAGUACGGGAAAGAAAUUUCUAGAAUCUGGGAAGAAAUCGAAGGAAAACACUCCCAAAAGUACGGGUAAGAAAAUCAAGAAAACUGCACCCCAAAGUACCGGAAAGAAGCCGAAAGAUAAGAGUACUGGAAGGGAACGAACGAAGUCUGCUCCAGCUGAGCCUCUUUUUCUAGCUUCCAAAAAGAUUAAGCCGUCUGCCUUUUUGAAUCGAUCGCUCAACAAAGGCCAGCGGAAAGGGUUCAAGGAAGCUGAAUGAUUUUUAUGCUGUGUUUCGAACUUUUCUUGUGUUUUUCCGGCGCAUUAAAAAAAGGAAAGCGUUGAUAUA